GUUUGUAUAAAUCUCGGGCGCCUCUCAUUGGCACCCAUGUUUCCUACGUGUAUUUCUCCAACAUAUAUAAUUAUAUAGUAUACGCUUACCUGUGCGUGCACUCCGGACAUAGCUUACGUUGUUUAUUCCAUGCGACGCAAGAGUGAGACGCAUCGGUUAACGACACUGUUCACGGCAAUGCUCUGUCUCAUUUCAUGUUAUGGGGAAGUAUCAAUCAAUGGACAUUCAGACUUUGGCAGGAUCACUUGUCCGACUUUGACUUUAGCUUUCUGGGCGGGCUUCGCUGCUUCGCCCCUUUGGUUCGCUGUUGGUUGUCCCCAUCCAUUUGCAGAGUGCGAGGAUUCAGGGGAUUCGGGAAGCCCACAAUAUUUCCGCCAAGCAUUAGGCCAGCCGUGUCUCAAAUUUCGCGAUGAACUGACAUGUGAAUUCCCAGCCUACCUUAGUAGGGGGGCUGUAGUUCGACAAUGGACCCUUGCACCGCUCCGUGAUUGGGCGCGCCAGGGCGGCGACUGCCGUACUCGGACGAUUCGACCCUGGAGAUCAGUAGGUUGUUGGAAAAAAAUUUGGAUUCGAUUCGAUUUCAAUUCGCCAAUUGAGAAACAGAACCGAACCAUUCCAUUCACUCAACUCAACCGCCAAUACGACAAAGGAACCUUCCUUAAAAACUUGCCAAUUGCCCCCCAUUACAGACAGUCCAGGCCCACUGGGCACCGUUUUUGAGCCCGCCUCCCGACUUCCAAUUGCUGCUUGCUUGCUUGCUCCCUUUGCGCCUCGGAAUCAUUUUCUUCUGCUUUUAGAUUUGGAAUCAUAUCGGCAGAGACGAACACACGUAACC